AUGGCCGCGCCCAGGAGGGCGACCACGCUCGCUGCUAUCGCCAACUUUGGACGGUUCACUAGCGGUCGGCUCAUUGCCAAAUAUGAGGACUCCGGCGCCGGUCGUUCUCGUUAUCAGGCGCUCUUCUUCAUCCUCCAAGUCGCCGGCGUUCCUUAGCGGCGACGGCAAGCAAGGCAGGGCUCUCGUGUCCACCUCGCGUUGCAUCUACCGCAACCUAGCGCUGGAACAGUGGCUCUACGAAAAUGUCGCGUUCACGGCCGGAUCGCCGGGCUUGUUGCUCAUGUGGUGGAACGCGCCCGCGGUGGUCAUCGGGCGUCACCAGAACCCGUGGGUCGAGUGCAGCCUGAGCGCGGCCUCCAAGCUCGGUGUCGCCGUGGCCAGGCGUAACAGCGGGGGCGGCACGGUGUACCACGACGCCGGCAACCUGAACUGCUGCUUCAUGGGACACAAGCGGGACUACCGGCGCAAGGCGAACCUGCAGUUCAUCGCCGACACGCUGAAGGCAGUGUGGGGCGUACAGUGCAUGAUCAACGCUAGAGACGACGUGCUCGUACAGAACGCCUUCAAGAUAUCUGGCACAGCUGCCAAACUAGGUCACCUGAAGGCGUACCACCACUGCACAGUGCUCGUCGAUGUUAACACCACUGUGCUCCACCAAGUACUGGGAGGGCGCUAUUAACAUGACAGCAAGGCAAGUCCAAGUGUACGAGCGUCCGUCAUGAACCUCAAAGAGCUUUGCCCUCGUCUGACCGUGGAAUCCCUGUCUGCUUCACUCGCCGCCAGGUUCGUACGCCAGCACCAAGACGAAGACACAAGAUCGAACCAAGGCGUACAUUCAGUCGAUCCCGCAGAAGAACACUUCCCAGGAAUCGAUGCCAUGUGCGAGAAGCUCCAGACGUGGAAUUGGAUAUUCGGAAAAACGCCAAAGUUUACCAUUGAAAGUUUCUCGCUUCCUGCUUCACAGGCUAGUUCGCUCGAUCUUGGCGAUGCCUUGGGGCUGAACGCAGUAGUGAAAGUAGCACUCACGAGUUACCACGGGCUGUUGGAGGACAUACGCGUAACGCCGAGCCUCCGCAACCGAGAACUGCUGUCUGUGAUACGUGACGGUAUACGUGGUGUGCGGUUCUUGCAGAGUGACAUUGCCGAAGCGUUUAGGAAAAUUAGAUACGGUAAUUCCGGUGACAGUGCCACAUUGGAGUUUCUGGGAAAGUGUUGCGCUGCUCUGGCGGGAAAUGCACUGAGAUGACAGCGUGCUGGUGCAGUAGUCCCCCCCUUUUUUUUCAAGAACAGUUUCUUUUAUUCAUAGCAUAAUACUUGCUCUCCAAGACUUGAUGUCUUGAGGUGGUAUGCAAAUGAAUGUUUGUCAGUUACCACCUCGUAAUAAUAUGACGUACUACAUAACGCCAAAUAUACAAACACAUACACUCACCGUAAUGGCAACAGGUGGCGCUGACUGGCGCGCCCACGUUUAAAUGCACAUAUAUGCCCUUCAAAGUGGAUGGGGGAAUGAGUGCCACCAUAGCUCAAUGGUGUAGUAUCGAUCGCGUUGUUCGAAGGUUGUAGGUUCGGAUCCUGCCAGUGGCAAGUUACCUUUACGUCCGCUUUUCUUUCUUCACAUUUACAUUACAAUUACUUAUAAUAACAUCCCCCAUACUUUCCCCGGCAUUAUUGUUUGUUAGUUAUUAUUAUU